AUGUCGGAUUUAGACAGUGAAUAUCCGAGAGUGGAAAGUGGAAGACCGUUUCUACCAGAAGAAGAAAAAGAAUUUGUAAAACUCUUCAAUAAACAAAAAUUCAGACCUAGAACAGCUAUUUUAACAGUGUGGUUUGACUAUCCCAAAAACAUGUUCUUCCAGCCGAUACCAGCUAAAGAUAAAAUCACUUUCACGAAUAAAGAAGGUAAAAAGGAAACUGGUAACAAAAUCAGGUUCAGAAAUGGUUUCUGUCACGACGUUUUAACAUCGGUCGAUAUUCAAGAAAUAGUGAAAGCCGGUGGACGAAUUAUUAGAAUAUUAGAUGGUAUAGUUUACGAAGAAAAUCUUAAAACUCCACCCUAUAGAGAUUAUAUCUUAAUUUUGAUAGAUCUAAGAAAUAAAUAUAAACGAGAAGAAAUUGAAGAAAAAGAGAUUACUACGGAAGAUAGUAAAUCUACACGACUAACACCUAGUCAUUUGGGAUCAUUCGUUUUAUCUCACAGUAAAAAAAUAAUGAACAAUUUCAUUCACGUCAUAAAUGGAUUUUAUAAACCCGAAAUAUACUAUACCGACACCGAUAGUUUGUACAUUUCAUCCAAAAAUUGGAAAAAACUAAACAGAGCUGGUUUGGUCUCCGAAAAAGACUAUUGCAAAGGUAAAAACGAUUACGGUGACGGUGGAAUUAUAUUUGGUUUAUAUUUAGCACCAAAAGUCAAAUACAACAUCGUUUUGACUUCUGAUGGUGUCUUAAAAGAAAAGAAAACGUUUAAAGGUUAUUCUAAUGAUAAGAUAAGUGUAGAAGAUUACGUUCAGUUAGCAAGCGGACAAGAUGUGUCGAACGAAUUUAAUAAACCACGGGAAAAAAGUUUCACCAAUGGAGUAGUUAUUCCAAAUGAUAAACAAACUAAAGUUUUUAGAAGUUAUUUGAAUAAUGUUAAAAGAAAACCACCAAACAGUGAAGGAAUUAUGUAUCCUUACAACGACAAAGAUGAGUAUAGUUUUGACGAAAACUAUGAAUUUGAUGAUUUCGAUUAUCUUACUAUUCAAGAAGAGAAUGAAGAUUGUUUUAAAUGA